UAAGCCAAUAAUAUUUGUUCUAUCUUCAUUUGUUAUCUUGCCAAAGAUUAUUCAUCAUUCAUUGCAUAAUACAAAUGGCGUCUCAUAAAUGUUUCUCUGUUGUCCUCUAUGCCCUUGUGUUUACAGCUUUUGCAACUACAGCAUUUUCAUCAUUGUCAACAAAUUACUAUGACUACUCUUGCCCUAACGCUUUGAACACCAUUCGAAGUGUUGUGGAGGCUGCGGUGCAGAAAGAGUACCGUAUGGGCGCUUCAUUGCUGCGAUUGCACUUCCAUGAUUGUUUUGUUAACGGUUGUGAUGGUUCAAUUCUACUAGACCCUUCACCCACCAUUGACAGCGAAAAAAAUGCACGUCCUAAUUUUCAAUCUGCUAGAGGUUUUGAAGUGGUGGAUGAGAUCAAGGAGGCAGUGGACAGAGCAUGUGGAAAACCAGUUGUUUCUUGCGCUGACAUAUUGGCUGUUGCAGCUCGUGACUCUGUUGUUGCUUUAGGUGGUCCAACAUGGAAGGUGACACUGGGGAGAAGAGACUCCACCACAGCAAGCCGCGAAGCAGCAGAUGCAAACAUUCCAGCACCAUUUUUCAGCCUUUCUGAACUUAUUGGCAACUUCAAGAGCCAUGGCCUAAACGAGAAGGACCUCGUUGUUCUUUCUGGAGGCCACUCAAUUGGAUAUGCACGUUGUGCUACGUUUAGAGAUCACAUCUACAACGACUCUAACAUCAGUCCCCAGUUUGCAAAAGAGCUCAAGUACAUUUGCCCUAGAGAAGGAGGUGACUUCAACCUUACUCCUUUGGACCGCACAGCAGCCAACUUUGAUUCGGGCUAUUACAAAGAUUUGGUUCAUAACAAAGGGGUUCUUCACUCCGAUCAAGAACUCUUCAAUGGUGGUUCUACCGAUGAAUUGGUUAAAAAAUAUAAGCACAAUACCGUUUCUUUCCAUCAGGACUUUGCAAAUUCUAUGAUUAAGAUGGGAAACAUAAAACCUCUCACUGGGAAUAGAGGUGAAAUUCGCUUGAACUGCAGGAAAGUGAACUAAUUCAUUACCAAAGUGAAGCAUUCAGCAUAUGUUUUAUAGGUCUAUGUAGGCAACUAAAGACAAAAGAAAAUUGUUUUGUACGAGAUUGAAUUUAUUUUUCGGUUAUGAAUUGUGUACUGUACAUGUAUCCUUCAUGAUACACGAAGCGUUUUCAAUGUCUGUUUGUUUUGAUUCAAAAACACUAUUCAGGGUCAUAUAUUCUUUAUGAAAAAUAUUUGUUU